AUAAUAUAGUAGUCUCUUUUAUCAGCGAUAUUUUAUCAGCGUCUACUUGCGACAAUUACAAAGAGUACAAGAUUUCCAUAAAUGGACAAGAGAGUUUCGCUUUAAGAAUUAGGGAAUUUUUUUGCGUAAUGUGACGAAAUUUAAGAAAAGUAAUUCUAAAAACACAAGUCGAUAUUGCGAUGUUUAUUAAAUACCUCGGUGCUCGUAGAGACGAUCGUAUAUAGCUUCGAAAUUACAUCGCGUUAGGUAACGAUGCUGGUUUACUGUGCCGGGAUUUAAAUAACAUCGCUUUUAGGGAUCCGAAGGUGACGCGAACAAUCAUUAUCCCGUGUUGUAGUUUGUUCGAACGACUGUUCUCAUUUAUGGCGCCAUCGAGCUCGCGGCAGUGCGCAUCGAUACGAUCGUGCGCCGAUAAGAACAUCGUGCGGUUAAACAUUAUGCCGAUCAGUCGGGUCUAUCUCGCGCACGCCGAGCAACGUCUUCUUCUUCUUCUUCGCUCGAGAAUCGAUUACCGUCACUCCCCCCCCCCCUCUCCUCGCAACGGCAGAAAAACUUUCAAGACGCGGCGGAAUCGCAUCAAAGAUUAUUUCCGCCAAUAAAACGGAAGUCGAGUCUCGGUCGAGAAGGUACUCCGUGAAUCGCUCCGCGCGGCAUAACAAGACGGGGACGACGGUGAAAGUCGGAUUGAGGGGAGGGGGAGGGAGCGGUUAAGGGCUGUCUAAGGGGUGGCUCAUAGCGAGAAGAAGACGUGGCAAGGCUCGGCAAUAAAUCUACGGUCGCCCGGAGCGAGUACUUAUCGGUUCGCCAGGAUCGCCGGCGACGAUCACGAGUCGCGUGAGAUCCCCGGCGGGCUCUCGUCUUCUUCAAAUUGACGUUCGCAGUUCGAAGCGAGAUCGAAAUCUGACGUAACGAGCCGCCACGGCGACGUUCUGUCGGAUACUCGCGCGGGUACGCGUAUCAGCGCGCGGAAUCGAGCAAGGGUGAAAUGGAGUUUCGGAUAAGUUAGCCUUUCCACCAACAUCAUUCACGAUAAUGAGACAUUAAUCUCGUGUGAUUGAGAUCUUUGCCGGCUAAUGAGAUAGAACGCAAUAAUAGAGCGGCGACUUUAUUUAUUGUAUUUUUAAUACACGAAAACACAGAUCUGAAAAUAAUUAUACUAAACAAUUACAAGAAUUAUAUUGAACGUAUUUAAGCUGAACGUGCUAGAAUAUCAAACUUUUUUGCUUAAUAUUAUUAUGAGCGUCUUAUGUAAUUAUUUUGAUGACCCAACAAAUUACUAUCUGAUUCGUAUCUAGCCAGAUUUUUAUUUACCGCAGUAAAAUCAUUCUUUCCGUGCAGAAAUUAUGCUGUGCAAAUUUUAGUGAUAACAAUCUGUAACAGUGAUAUUCUGUAUAUUAAAUAUGUUAUCAGUAAUCUUUUUUCUAAAUGUCAAAACUGUUAUUAUUAUCAGUGUCUUGUAUAAUUAUCAUGUUCUCGCAGGUGUGCGCGUGGCAGAUACAGCGGGUCGACGUCGGCAAAGUCCGGAUGGCAGCACGAGUACGUCGGGCCACGGAGUGAAGGAAGUAGAAGAAAAUAUAGCACCACCAUCAGAGAGUAACAAUGAGUCUACUCCGUAUUCAACAGAUAUAAUGGACGAGAUGCUCAUCGAUGCCGUAGAGAAGAGACCAGGUCUGUGGAAUCAAAAAUUGCCAGUUAAAAGGCGAAGUCCUUGUGUACGAGGAGAAUUGUGGGAUGAAGUUUUCAAUAAUCUUGGUUUUAAGGAUGUAGCGUGGAUGAAAUCUCGGUGGACGUACCUGAGGGACUGCUACUCAAAAGCUCGCAAAAAAAUGAAAGGUUACGUACGCAGCGGAUCGUGUGCGGAAGCGGGGCAUCCGCAAAAAAGUACAUUUCGUUUCUAUUCAAGGAUGCAAUUUCUAGACGAUGCUGCACAAGAAACCUCUACAACGAGCUCUCUACCACGGAACAUAUGUCGUGACGAAGAUAGUACAAUGAACCUGAACGAUUCGGAAUCCCAGGAACAUAAUGUGUCUUCUCCUAGAAAUUGUUCCACGCCAGACACUCCUGAAAGACCGGAAAAUUCGGCUAAUUGCAGACCACGAGAAAAAAAAAGAAAACAGGAUGACUCCGAUACGCAGGCACUGCAUAAUAACAUAUUGCAGCAGUUACUUGGUGAAAAUGCACCAAAGAAGGAUGCAGUAGACAGUUUUCUGGAGCAGGUGGGAGAUAUCCUGCGUAGAUUAAGCUAUCUCCGAAGAAGGCAACUACAAGUAGAGCUGCUGCAGCUCGUUCACAGAGCAGAAGACAAACAAUUAGCGGAAGCGGAACUUCAUAGGCGAUAAAUUUUUUGUAUUAUUAUUAUCUUUAUUUUUCUACCAAUACAUUUUAUAUUAAAACAUUUAUUUCUAUUUCAAUAAAACGUGAUAAGUAGUUCA